AUGAGAGGGCUGGAGCGGAUGGAAAUUCGGGGGGGUCGGUAUCUCCUGCUGGGUGAGGUCCUUGGACACAGCGCACUUGGUGCGCAGCCCGCGCAGGCUGCCUAUGGAGAUGCCGAUGAACUUCUGGAGCUGCCCACACUGCUGCAGCGCCCGGCUGGCCAAGGCCCCUGCGCCUCCCUCCGUGGCUGCUGCAUCAACCCCGCCACCGCCCUCCUUCUCUCCCAUCGCCGCCCUGCGCAGCGCCGCUCUGUGCAGGCAGCAGCGGCCGAGGCAGGGAGCCUGGGGCGCGGGCGCGGGCGCCUAGGGGAGGAACCCGGGAGCCAGGAGAGCUGGAGCAGGAGCGCCCCUCCGCGCUGCCGGAGCCAGGACGCCGAUAGAGUUGGCAGCCAAGUCUGCUGCUCCCGCCCCCAGGGCCGAGUCAGCGGGGGACAAAUAGCUGCAACAGCGGGGGGUAAAAAACCUGGAAAAGCGGCGGUGGCGGGGGCAAAAGCCGCGGCGGCGGCGGCGGGGCAGAAAGGCGCGACUGCGGGGGAUAAAAACCUGGGAAAAGCGGCCCGUGAGGACAAAAACCCGCGGCGGCGGAAGCAAAAAGCCGCGGCGGCGGGGUUAAAAAGCCAUGGAGCGCAAAAACCCUCCGGGGCAAAAAGCCUUGGCGGCGGGGAAAAAGUGGCAGCGGGAAAAAGCCACGGCGAUGAGGGCAAAAAUCCUUGGCGGCGGGUUCAAAAACCGGCGGCGGCAAAAAGCCGCGGCGGCGGGGGCAAAAAGACGCGGCGUCGAGGAGAUAAAAACCCGCGGCGGCGGGGGUCAAAAAGCCGCGGCGGAAAAAGCCGCGGCGUCGCGGGGGCAAAAAGCUGCGGCUGCAGGGCCAAAUAG